CACCGUCUAGAGUACAACUGAGUGACCAACAGCUCGAGACCAUCUCCAGGGACGAACUUCUCGCCCACUGGAAACAGCAAGACGCUUAUAUUGACACACUGCUCGCUCAGGCAACUGGCCUCGAAGGUAGAAAAUUAUUGUGGUUCCGUUCUAUGAAUGAUUGCUUUUCGUUACAUGGUACGGUAACUGUACUGUUGAAACUCACAUUAGACUCAGUGUUAAAGAGAUUGUUGACUGAGUUUAGUGGGACGUCGAGACUCUGUGCUGAGAUAUUACUCUUAACUUUUUAUAUUAUUUUAGUUUCAAUGUGUUCGAGACAUUUGACUGUUCAUAUAAUAAUCUUAGUUAUUUUUUAAAUAUGAGAUUUUAUCGGUCAAGCUAGAGACUUUAGUUGAUGCGAUCUUUCAAAACCAGUCUACAGCAUUUUAACUGCACAUUUUGCCGCAUCUCAGGCCAGGGAUAUGCCAUAAACCUGCUAUCAUCUUCUCACCCAUCUCUGUCUGCCAUACAUCAUUGUGCUAGUGAUUGUGUUAAGUGCCUAGUGAUGUGACGAGCGAUUUCAAGUGAUCAUAGUGUGUCAAAUAUAAUGAAAAUGUAGGCAUACAGUUUGCCUUACGUCUAGUUUGCAUACUUUUAAGCUACAGUUAUUUAUCCUUCGAAGAUGAGAUUUUCUAUUCUCUAUCUUUCACUAAUUUUUAAAGAGAUCACUGUAAAAAAAGAAGAAAAACAAAUUUUUUCCUUACGGUGUAGUGUCAAGUGCUACUUGGGUAACCUGGAUCGGUGAACCGGUGAGAUUGCGCUUGUAUGACAAUUAACAACGGUCUACCGACUGCUACGGAUCACAUUUAACUGGUCAUCUCUUCUCUGAUUCAGUGUCCGUCUGGAAUGGAAAUAUCGUCCCUUAAAGAGUCGGAAGAGCGACAUAAACAACAAACUGCUGAUCUUCAACUCAGGGAGAAGAUGUAUGUCAGAAGACUGGCAGCUAAAGAACAAGAGAUGCAAGAGUAUGCUGGACAACUGUCUGAGCUCAAGGCAAGGGAAGCUCCUGGUGUGUCUGCACUGAGGUCUGCGUUGUUGGAUCCCGCAGUCAAUCUGUUGCUGCAGAAACUGCGUCAAGAGCUGACUGCCACACGCACACGUGUUGAGGAGACACAGAAUGAGCUCAGCGCAUGGAAGUUUACUCCAGACAGCAACACAGGCAAGAGAUUGAUGGCCAAGUGUCGUCUGUUGUACCAAGAGAAUGAGGAGUUGGGCAGAGUGAUAGCUAGUGGCCGAGUGGCCAAACUGGAGGGAGAACUUGCCCUGCAGAAGAGCUUCAGUGAAGAGGUCAAGAAAUCACAAUCAGAGCUGGACGAGUUCCUGCAAGACCUAGAUGAGGACGUGGAGGGAAUGCAGAGUACAAUCUACUACCUACAACAGGAACUGCGGAAAGCCAAGGAAGCUCUGACGGCCGCAACAGCUUCUACGGUAGUGUCGACUGAUCAGUGUAACGGAGACAGCAACAGCAGUAGUAACAAACCUCCUGCCUCGCGCAAAAGGACUACUAGUGAGGACAGUGACGAUGUACCUCUCAUCAAGAAAGUGCGAAGAGACUCGGAACCGUCAGUGCACUACAGUGACGAAGAGGUCGGUUUAACAAACGGUGACAACUCAACAAACUAAGUGACAAUUGAGUAUAGUUUUAUUUUUGGAAUUUUUUAAUUGCUUUUGUUACUAUCGGUCAUUUCUAUUGUACAUAAACGAUGUGUAUAUUCUGUAAAUAUUGUUACAAUGUAAUCAAAAGUGCAAAUGCAAAAUAUCUGUCCUAAUAUUGCGAAUAUAUGUGUAUAUAUUCUGUUGA